CUGCCAUACAACGAACGCCAAACGGCCUCGACGUCCGUUCUUCCAGCGCAUUGCCACCUUGACGGCCACGAACGAAGCGGCACAGGAAUGCUGCUCACAUAGACUUUGCUCCUGUUUUUCCAAGCCCAACAUUCCAGUUGAAUGAUCCUAUCUUUGUCCGCGUGACAUAGCGUACUACUCGCCGAACAUGGCCAAAAAGUCUGGACCGCCUUCGGGCUCACAGCCAGUCUUGGGGCCGGGAGCUUUCGAGUUGCUCGCCACGCCACAGUCCGUGGGGAAUCCGUCGCCUUCCAUCUGCCUUUCAAUUACUCAAUUCCGGGAAUUCAUGCGGCAGUACCGUUCAUUAGACGACGGCGUCACUACUCGUCUCAAUAGAGUGAUGGCUCGAUCUCGUGACAUGGGCCUCUCCUCUUACCCCUCUCUGCUCUCUUCCCAUUCAUCAUCGUCAACGUCAAUCGACAUCGGCACAUCGACGUACAGCGUGGUACCCGAAGCCGUGUGCGCGUCGUUCUGGCAGGAGCUCAUGAGCGCUUGGACCCGGCGCGAACAGGCAGUCCGAUACUGCCUGACCGUCGCGGAGCGCUCUCUGGUGGAGAAGCAGGCACAGGCGGCAGCGGACGCGGGGAUAGAGCCCGGCUUGGACGCAGAGAGGAAAGAUGCAUCCCUGUUUGCAUCGGCCGCGUCAGGUCGAAGAAGCAGUUCGCGCGACAAGUUCGACGACAGGAGCGGCCGGGCUGAGGCGCACGACGAAUUCAUGCUGCGGCAACUACAUAACGAGCUCGCGGUAGAAUCAAUACUUCGCAGGCGCUCGCUCGACGUCUUCAAAGCACGAUGUAGAACCUUCCAGCCACGACUGCGAGACGAGCGCGAACAUGCCAUGUGGGAGGGUAAGGACACGCCCGCUGCGCAAUAUAGUCAGCAGCAGGCUGCGUCUGUGUGAUCACAGCACUCGGCAGUGCUGUCUGCUAGAUUCUACCAUUUGUACGCGGUCAUUCACCAUGAGCGCACGAGAAUCGGAUGCAAUACAAAUGUCUCUUCC